GGAGCUGCAGAGGUGCCAGGAGUUCGUAAUCGACGCCCAAGUCAACAAGUUUAGUCAUCGGUGCACUUUCCUACACUUACAACGCAAAUUUCCAACAAAUAAACACAUUUGAAAAACUAGUGACUGUUUAACACGCAAAAAUGUGGUCGUCUUUUACCGCAUCGCUCCGAAAACUCUUCGGCCGGAGUAAGAAAGAAGAAAUAACGCAAGAAACCGAAGACACGGUUAACAAAGUCGAAGAUUUGGCUCACGACUCCAGUGUCAAAACCGGAGAACUUUACACACAAACAGAGGAAAGCAUCAAAGAUGCCGUCCACAAAACUGAGCAAGAUCUCGAGACGAAAAAAACACAGUUGGGGGAAACAAUUCAAAAGACGAAAAACGCCGCUGAAGAGACAGUGAAAGAGACACAAGAAGUCAUCGAUAAAAAAGCACAAGAGGUGAGAGACGCAGCUGAAGCCAAAGCACGCGAAGCCCGAGAAGCAGCUGCGCAAAAAGCAAAAGAAGUCAGAGACGCAGCUGAAGCGAAAGCCAAAGAACUGAGAGAGAGUGCCGAAGCCAAGAAGAAAGAAGUAAGUGAAGCACUGGAAGAUAAGAAGCUAAAAUUCAAUGAAUAUGAAGAAAGCGUCGAAAACAAACUAAAAGAAACGAUCGAUACUUCAGUGAAAAACACACGUGACGCGGCUGAAGCCAAACGGAGGCAAGUGGUGGAAGCCAUCAGUGAUAAGUGGCAAGAAACCACAGAUGCCGCUGAAGCAAAGAAGAAAGAACUUGGAGAAAGUGUUGAAAAUGCCCAAAAAGCCUUCAGUGAGAAAGUUGAGGAUGUUAGUAACUUCACCACUGAGAAGAAGCAACAGUUUGGGGACACUUUGGCCGAUAAAUCGAAACAGGCAGUCGAAUAUGCCAAUGCCACAAAAACGCAACUCGCUACUAGUUUCGAGAACUUUGAAAGCAACUUAGAUUUGAAGUUGAGGGAGACUGGAACUGCGAUUGAUAACAAGUUUCACGAAUUUGGGAAUUAUUUGGAUACCACCAAGGAGGGUUUGAAAGAAGAUAAGAACGAGACGAACCAGAAAAGGCACUCGUAAUUUUUUAAACGUUAUUUUUGUGUGCCUUUUAAACUGUUGUUUAUAUUUUUGUAAAUUUUUGCAUUUGAUGUAAUGAUUUUUAUGUAUUUGCUUGUAAAUAAAAGUUUAUUUCAAA